AUGGGGGACUCCUGCCUCUGCCGCCUGUCCCUGCUUCUCCUUCUCCAGCUCCCUACCUGGGCAUCCACAGGGCAGUUCCGGGUGAUCGGGCCCUCAGAGCCCAUUGUGGCGGUGCUGGGUGGUGAUGCCAUGCUGCCCUGCUACGUGUUCCCAGCCACGAACGUGAGAAACAUGGAGCUGAGGUGGUUCCGCACCACACUGGAAGAAUCUGUGUUUGUCUAUCGGAACCAGAGGGAGCGGAAGGACGAGCAGAUGGCUGAGUAUGCAGGGCGGACCUCCCGGAAGGACGAGCAGAUGGCUGAGUAUGCGGGGCGGACCUCCGUGGACUUUCUCGCCCACGGGGAGGCGGCGGUGAACAUCCACGACAUCCGGGUUUCUGACAGCGGGACGUAUACUUGCUUCUUCAAGACGGGAAGCUUCUUUGAAGAGGCCAACUUGGAACUGAAGGUGGCAGGGGUGGGCUCUGCCCCUCAAGUGUACAUCCAGGGGCCGGAGGAGGACGGUGUCCGCGUGGUAUGCGCAGCCUCCGGGUGGUUCCCAAAGCCCCAGGUUCAGUGGAGAGACGUCAGUGGGAAGAAGAUCCUGGCGUUCUCUGAGGCCCACACCCAAGACGCCGAGGAGCUGUUCAGUGUGGAGGCCACCCUGGUGGUGAGAGACAGCUCUGUGGGCAACGUGACUUGCUCCAUCCUCAACCCCAUCCUGGGCCAGGAGAGGGCCGCUGCCAUUUUUAUUCCAGAGCCCUUCUUCCCUCAGGCCUCUCCCUGGAAGCCAGCUUUUGCUGUGAGCCUGACUGUGAUGGGGCUCCUACUCUUUGGUGCUGGCUGUUUUCUCCAUAGAGAACAUUCUGCAAAGCUGCAGAUACUGCAGGAAAGGAAGCAGAAGAGGUUGGAGAAAGAGGAGGAUAAGAAGACAAAAGAGCAGGCACUGAAGGAGAAGGAUGAACUCCAGGCAGAACUUGGUCAGAGGAAGGCAGCUUACCUGGCUGCCUGGAGGAAGGCGCAGCUGUACGCAGACUGGCGAAAGGAACAGUUCCAGGCUCGGUCUGUCAUCCUGGAUCCAGGAUCUGCCCACGCAAGCAUUGACCUCUCUCCCGGAAAGACAAGUCUCACCUGGAAGGACUCCAGUGGGAGUGAAAUCUGGAGUGUGCUGGGCCUGGAGGGCAUCACAUCCGGAAGAUGGUACUGGGAGGUGCGGAUUAGGAAUGGAGACCACAGCGAGUGGACAGUGGGGAUCUGCAGGGAAGAUGUUGAAAGGACAGGCUGGUAUAUAGAGUCCUUGGGUAAGGGGUUCUGGGUUGUGAGAUGGGGUAAACAUGGGUAUUUCACCGAUGGUAAAUGUGAUACCGGGUUUCCUGUCAAACAGGAGUGCUGCAGGGUGGGGGUUUUCCUGGACUACAGUGAAGGGGAUGUCUCCUUCUAUGACAUGGCAGAGGGGUCCCACAUUUUCUCUUUACCUCAGGCUUCCUUUUCCGGGACUCUCUUUCCAUAUUUCAGCUUUAAAAGUGGAUGUGGGUCUUUGGAGCUCCCUGCAUCCCUUAACAAUUCUUCUUUGGAGGAGACUCUGAGGCCCUCAGGGAAAGGACUCAUCUCAGGCUCUGCUGUGGAUGAUGUUGCCCCAGGGGCAGACUUUCCCUUGCUCUCUGGCAGCCCGGAGCUGUGACCCCAUGGACCCCUCAUGUC